AUGGAGAAGUCGCGAUCGAGUGCUAUUUCCAGCGCGCUGUCUAAAAUCCGCAAACACCGCGAGGGAACGACAACGGCGCUCGAUGAGUACGAAAUCGAGGACGAAAAUGAGAAGAUAUACGAGGUGGUCACCGCGGAGGAAUACAAAGAGCGCACUUCGAAGCGAAGGCUCGACGAGUUCAUUGAGGGCGGCGAGAUUUUCUCGGAGGACGAUUAUGAAUACGACAGUGAAGCCAGUGAAGGCGAACGGGAACGUGUAGCCGCUAAAAGGCAAUUGCCGGAGGGAUAUGGAAAGUCCAUCCAGCAACACUUCACGGAAAUCGCGAAGCAGGAAAGCAUGUCCUACAAGCCACCCAAAGACCCGCAAGCCGACAAAAAGCUCAUCGAAAAGCUUAGCAAAUUUGAGGAUGACCUCGACAAUGAGGAUUUCAGCAUGCCAAUGUACUCCUCGGCAGCAACAGGCAAGAUGCCGGCUACCAUGGGUAUGAGUAUGGGUAUGGCGCCAGGCUUCGCAAUGUCAUACGGACGUCCACCAGUUCCUCAGCACUUCCAAUACCACCAACAAGUUCCAACACUGGGUAGAGAGUUCCAUGAGUCGAGGCUGGAAACUCCCUUUGAAGAACAGCGUACCGUAGAUGCCCCGCAAACCAUGGUGAUGGAGGCCACGCCACCAAGUCAAGAUAUCGCCGAAGGCAUAGAUGUGGAAAAGGUGCUGCAAGAAGCCGAGAUGAUUUCACAAGAGCCGGUGGAGGUCCUAGACGAAUCUAUUGUCGCAGAUUUUGGUGAGGUCGACGCUGAUGCGGUGGAUGUUGUAUCCACGGCCAGCCCAAGCGACCACAUUGCUUCGGAGUUCGAGACAGCGCUGCCAAAGGACUCUAAUGACGUCGCAUUCUACAUUCUAGAUGUGUUUGAGGAUCUUGGGGGCCUCCUAAGGUUGUUUGGGAAGCUGCACGCGGGAAGCGGCCGCACGGAGAGCGCCAUGGUUACCGUACGCCAAUUCAUGCGAUGCCUGUUCUUCAAAGCGCGCAUGGACCUCGAUCUCAGCGAUAUGCCUGAGGCCGAAAGCAGUUACGAGCGUGCUUUCAUGAAACGCUUCUUUGCCGAGUUCGAGGCGAUACGUAAAAGCUACGGAAUCAAGAAGGUCAAAUACAAACUGGUGAAGAGGACGCUGCUGAGGUACGGCCCAUCGGAGGAGGCGCUGUACGUGAAGGUCUGCUACCCGUUUAGCCAUCCGCAACUUAGAAAUGAACACUACGAGGGAACAACUUAUAGCGACGUGUACGGCGCUACGACCACGCCGGCGGAGCUGUUCCUGGUGAAACGAAAAAUCAAGGGGCCGUCUUGGUUGAGAAUCAUUGAUGCACAAACUUCAUCGGAAAACGUUACAACAUGCAAACACGAGCUCACUGUAGAGACCCACAAGAACGUGGAAUUGUGGAAUGCGCGUGAAUCGGAAAAUCUGCCCACGCCUACGUUGUGCGUCGCUUCGGUCUCCGUUAAGACGUUCUUCGCCUCUCAAACGAACCAGGAGGUAUUGCAAAUCGCAAUGAUCUACGACAAAGCGUUCCCUGUGGACGCCUCAGAGAUCAAGGAAUUGAACCGCUGCACGCAGUACGUUGGAAUCCGGAAGAUCAACAAGCAACCUUGGCCAACAGAAAUGCCCGCCUUUCUUGAAAAACGACCAUAUUUCCGUAUUUUUGAACAGGAGAGAGGGCUGUUGGCCAAUUUCAUGAAAACGCUGGAGGUUGUUGACCCGGACGUAGUGGUCGGCCACGACAUAACGCAAAAUGUCGGCGAGGUGCUGCUCAAGCGAUGCAACUUGCUGAACAUACCUCUCCGCGUGUCUUUCUCACGAAUGAGGCUUUUGAAGAAGACGACGCACCCAUUCUUCGCUGGGAGGAUUUUCUGUGAUACCAGGCUGUUGACCAAGGAGCUGCACCACAACCGCAGCAACUACGACCUCAGCAGCUGCGUCUCCGAUCUCGUGUACUCAUCGCAGGUGAAAGAUCACCCAUUCUACACGAAAAACUCCUUCAACAUAAAGGAACUCUCCCCAUGCUUUGGCGAAGAUUCGAUGAAGAAUCUGUUGGUGCUUGCACAGGCAAACUCGAAGUGCUGCCUCGACUCCUUCAACUUAUUGAUAAAGCUACAAGCGCUGCAACUCACCAAGGAACUCACCAAUAUUGCGGGAAACCUGUGGUCCCGUAGUGUCCAGUGCGCGAGAUCGGAGCGUAACGAUUUCCUGCUGCUCCAUGAGUUCCACAGGGCGAAGUAUAUCAUCGACCACAAUUUCGAAAGGUACCACAAACAUUCGGCAACAACAGCGGAGAACGAAGAAGACGAGGGCGACAAAAAAAAGAAGACCUACGAGGGUGGUUUGGUUCUGGAGCCCGUGACGGGACUGUACGACAACUUCAUCCUGCUGCUCGAUUUCAACUCUCUGUAUCCCUCCAUCAUACAGGAGUUCAACGUCUGCUUCACCACCGUGAAGUUGAACGAGGACGAAAGCGUGGAGGUGGUGGCGGAUGUGGGUGGCAUGCUGCCACAAAUCCUUAGGCGUCUAGUGGAGCUACGUGCCUCUGUUAAGGCGGCCAUCGCAGCUGAGAGGAACGAGACGCGUAAAGCCCAACUCGGGGUGCGGCAACUGGCGCUGAAACUCGUGGCCAACUCGCUUUACGGUUGUCUUGGAAGUGUAUACUCCCGUUUUCACGCGCGGCACAUGGCUGCCUACAUUACCCAGCAGGGCAGAAUGGUGCUCCAGGCAACCCGGGAAAAGGUAGAGAAGCAAUAUUCGCUGCGCGUUAUAUAUGGUGAUACCGAUUCUCUGAUGAUCGACACGAACAUACGCGACGACGGUUCGGAUAGCGCCUACGAGGCUGCCCACCAAAUCGCCAGCACGCUCAUGGCGACGAUCAACAAAUCCCACAAAAAGCUUGAAAUCGGUAUGGAUGCCAUUUUCAAUCGACUCCUGCUGCUCAAAAAGAAAAAGUACGCCGCCCUCAAAGUUGUGGACUACAAAAACAGAAAGUUCUCACGUGAAAUCAAGGGUCUCGACUUCAUCAGGCGUGACUGGUCCAUUCUCACUAAGGAAGUCGGUAACGCUCUGAUUACGAUCAUACUGAGUUACAAACACGCCGAGAACAAGGAGCAGGGCGUGGAGAGCACGGUGGAAAAAAUCCACGACACACUCAAGGAGGUGAACAAACGCAUCGUCGAGGGGCAGAUCCCUCCGAAGGCGUGGGUCAUUACGCGCCAGCUGGCAAAGAACCCUGAAGAGUACGCGGCGAAUUCAAACCUGCCCCAUGUCACCGUUGCGUUGAGGUUGAAUGCGUCCGGCGCCAGCUUUACCGCAGGGCACGAGGUUCCAUUCAUCAUAUGUUCUAAGGAAUCAAUCGAAAGAUACAUGAAGACAGAGAAUGCGGAAGCGGGGGAAGAUGCGGCAAGUUUAGAUGCGAAACUCCGGAGCCUCUGCAACCGUGCUUACAGCCUCACGGAGUUCCAGCAAAAGCAACUAGAACCGGAUAUACAAUACUACAAAACGCAACAAUUGCUACCCCCUAUUCUACGUUUGUGCGGUGUUAUAGAGGGCACAGACCCGCAGAAGCUAGCAAGUUGCUUGCAGAUAGAGGACGCAGUCAGCAGGACGAUCCUCAACACCAACUACAGCUCCUUCGAUUACGGGGAGCAUGAGUCCAAGGCGAUGUCGCUCAUCAACAAGACCGAGGAGCGCUACAAGGAGGUGGAAGUCACGACGUCGGUGCCGUGCCAAUUCUGUAACACCGCUGUCCAUGCAAACUACUUCCUAAAGCACAUGACAUGCAGCAACUGCGGCAACUGGUUGCCGCUGCACGCAAUGCGCAACUGGAUCACUCGCACCAUCUACGAGAUAUCACUACAGUCGUCGUUCUGCAUUCGGAUAUGCAACAUAUGUAACACCACUACGCCAAGCGUUUGCAUCGGGGACAACGACGUCUGCCCGCAGCCGACGUGCCAAAGCCGCGAUGCAAUGGAAAUCGUGCUGCCAGCGUCGAAAAUCUACCUCUACUACGAGUACCUCAUAUUCAUGACCGAGGGCGCCCUCAAAAACGAGGCCGGCGGAGAACAGGAGGAAGCCCUGGUGAACGUCACGGUAGACGUCAACGGAAAGAUGAUCGUUCUGAAUACCCCAAACCCGUUCCGCAAAGUGCGGUCGUUCCGGGACAUACUGGAUAGUACUGUGCAGCUGUCGAACCUGCGUGCAACUUCGGGUUUCCGGGUAUGCGGACAGUACAUACUGGGAAUACUGGAGGCGUUGCCGUUUAUGCAGUACCACACCGUCGAUUAUCGAGCAGAACGCGCAGAACUCUGCAAACUGGUGAAGCGACUGCAGAAGCGCAACGCGUACAGCGUCGUAAAUCUGGGCGACGUCUUCCGCACACUCACCGUGAGGUGA